UCCUCACUGUCUAGUAUUACUUGAUCACAUACAUUUUAACAGUGAGGUUUGUGCUGAAUUCACGGUGCACAAGGCAUCAAAGCAUAUUAAGUUAAAUAAAGAUAGCAAUACCCUACAACACAUUUAUAAGACAAAGAUCACACAUAUAUACAUAUAAAUACCAACCAUAAAACCAUAACCAUAUAUAUCUAUAGAUUUAUACUUAUACAUUUAGAAAAAAAAGGUUUUAUAUUCAGUGUUUAACACACCGUAUUCAGUGAUAUUAAAAUUACAUUUAUUUCAUUAAAAUAGUAUUUAAAAUUAAAUUUUUAUACAUCUUUAACACAUAAAUUUAUUUAAAACAACCAAUAACGCUUAGUAAAUUUAAAUAGUAAUUAGUAUUUAAAUUAAUACAAUCGUUGCGUUUUUUUUUUAAAUUUGUGGACCAGAUUAAAAAAAAAAAAAAAAAAAAAAAAACGUGCCAUCAAAUUGAAUUUUUCGAGAAUUCAAUUACGACAUAAUAAAAAAAUUUUUAUAUAAAAAAGAAAAAAGACAAAAAAAAAAAAAAACUCCAUUUUUAAUAGACUAAAGAUUUAAAAAAAAGUAAUAGUUUAAAACUAAGUAAAGUAGACAAUAAUAAAAAAUUUUUCAUUUUUAAUAAUAACUUUUUAGUGUUGAUCGUUUUUGAGUUGAUUAAAUAGAUUAGAUUUUUUAUUUGCCGGUAGUAUUUUUAUAAAAAAUAUAAAAUAUAAUAAAUAAAUAUUUAUAAAAAAAGUAAGGAAAUAAGGAAAUGGUGAUGGAGGCUACACAUUCGGCAGCACACUCAGCACGAUCUGUUGGUCGUGAAUUUGUUCGACAAUACUAUACAUUGUUGAACCAAGCACCAGCUCAUUUACACAGAUUCUACAAUCAUAACUCAGCUUUUAUACACGGUGGCUUAGACAACACAGAUCGUGAUGUUAUUCCAGCAGUGGGACAAAAAGAAAUUCAUCAAAAAAUUCAAGAAUUAAAUUUCCGUGAUUGUCAUACUCGAAUCAGUCAAGUUGAUUCCCAAGCAACUUUAGAAGAUGGUGUUGUCAUUCAGGUUACUGGUGAAUUUUCAAAUGCCGGUGAACCAAUGCGCCGUUUCACUCAAACAUUUGUACUCGCAGCCCGUGCACCCAAAACAUACUACGUUCUCAAUGACAUUUUCCGUUAUCAAGACCUCGGUUUUCCUGAUGAAGAAGUUGAGUUGGAAACAGAAACAUCAAACGAAAUAGCUGAACGUACCGAAACUGAAGAAGGACAUGAAGAAAUAGAAAUUGAAGAAGGCCAAGCACCACCAGUUGUUAAUCAGACUGAGCAUCAUAUUGCUCAGGCACCUCAACAACCUCAAGCGCCGCCUCAAACUCAACCGGCAGCUAUUCCACCUCAAAUGUACUACCCACCAACAACUAAUCAGAUGAUUGUUGUAAAUGGAACGAUUCAUGAUCCGGAAGCAAUGAUUACUCAAACUCAAAUGAUGCCGAUUCCUCAACCAGCCGCUCAAUUUGUUGAACCUGCACCUGAAUUUACUCAGGAAGAAGUUCCUGCUGAACAUCAGCAGUCACAGCCAGAGCAAAAUAACGAGGAGACGCGUAAUGAAGAAAAUCAGGAUCAACAGACAGAUAAUUUCAAUCAGCAACCGGUUAAUGAAAAUGAUAAUGAACAAAAUCAAUCGACGGGCGUUAAUAAUAAACCUAAAUCUUAUGCAAGAACUGUUAGAUCAAACGUCAUUGGAAACUGUAACAUGAUUCCCAAAACUAUGUCACCACCUCCGGUAUCAAAUGUCAGGAACGAAGAGCGUCCAAUUGAUGUGUGGAACUCAACAAACACAAACAUGUCGUCGAAUGUAAUGACAUCUGGAGCUGGACAACCGCAGCAUCAACAAAACAGAAUUCAAAAUCCACAGCCACCACAACAGCAGCGUCCCCGUGUUGGUCCACCACAAAAAGAUAACCGAGGAGGUGAAAGACGCCGCGAUUGGCCGGACAGUCAUCAAUUAUUUGUCGGCAAUGUUCCUCAUUCAGCGACAGAAACAGAAUUGAGAAUAAUAUUUGAACGGUUUGGAAAAGUUGCUGAUCUUAGAAUAUUUUCAAAGGGAAACGAACGCAGCAAAGGACCUCAGGGUUCUAACAAUUCAAUGCGUGUUCCUCAUUAUGGUUUCGUUACAUUCGAAGACUCUAAUGUUGUUUCUAAAGUACUUGCGGCUUGUCCAAUUUGUUAUCCGGAUGAAAAUGGUCAAAAAUUAAAUAUUGAAGAGAAAAAAAAUAAACCAAGAAUACCUGGUGAUAAUAUGAGAAAUCAAGACAAUAUGAGAUCAUCAAUGGGUCCUCAACAACGUGGUCCAGGUGGACCAGGUGUAAUGAGAGGUGGACAACAUCCACGUGGUGGUCGCGGUGGUUUUUCACGUGACGGCGGACGCGGGGGAAUGAGACAACCAGGAAUGGGAAACUCGGGUGGUUAUCAAAAUCGCCGUUAAUAACUUGACUUUAUAAAAAUACUACCUCCAUGAAAAAGAAGAAAAAAUAAUUAAUACGAUUAACAAUUUAUUAUACAUUUAAAUAAUAAUAAAUAUUAAUUAUUAAAUUU